ACUUAUUGGUGCUCGUUUGGUUCAGUGCACAGUGUUUUUGCAAUAAUUGUUGUGCAUAUCAUCAGUCAAAAUCCAAAACAAAUUACAAUCACAAUUCACUAUUUAGGCUAAUCUAUCAUGGGAAACAAGCAAGUGAAGCAACAUUUUGAAACAGCACAGAAAACUGGAGUCCUCAAGAUAUCGCAAAUGCGUCUCGAUGAAUUUCCUUCAGCGCUUAAGACCUUCCCGAAUGUUUUGAAAACAUUGGAUUUAUCAGAAAAUCGAUUCUCGGAAUUACCCGAUGAAAUCAGGAAAUUCAAUCUUCUUAAGCAUUUGAAUGUAAGUGGAAAUCGUUUAAUAGCCCUACCCGAAGCUAUUGGAACAUUAAUCAAAUUAGAAACAAUUAACGCCAUGAACAAUUUAAUUAUAUCAAUUCCUGGCGAAAUAGCAAACUGUAAAAAUUUGAAACAGAUCAAUCUAAGCAAUAAUCAGAUUUCGGUUUUUCCGUCUAUGGUAUGCGGUUUAAAACAUUUGGAUUUAUUAGAUAUUUCCAGAAACAAAAUUACUUGUAUCCCAGAUAAUAUAAGCCAAUUGCAAGCAACAGAACUGAAUGCUAAUCAAAACCAGAUAUCGGAAAUUUCCGAAAAUAUAUCCCUAUGCCCUAAGCUAAAAACUCUAAGAUUGGAGGAAAAUUGCUUGCAAGCUUCACCGUGUCUUUCAAAAAUAUUGAAAGAAUCCCAAAUAUGUAACUUAUUGCUAGAAGGUAAUUUAUUCAACAGUAAAGCUCUAUCAGAUCUUGAUGGAUACGAUGCAUAUAUGGAACGAUAUACAGCUGCGCGUAAAAAAAUUUGUUAACAAGGAAUCGUUUGCAGUUAGACUUAAGAUAAACUGGUCAAUCUAAAAUAGUUUAAAGAAUUGACCAAAGGAUGUAUAGUAAAAAUAAUUUUCUUCAAUAAAUGUGUUAACUCUGCACG